UGAUAUAAAAGUUUAACAAAAUUCUAAGAUAUUUAAUUUACACCUAAUUGUAGUAAUUUUUAGUCUUUUUACUUUUAGUUUUUAAUAAUAUAAUUUAGAAAGCAAUUUUAAAAGAAUGGAUGUUUCUCAAAGAAACACAUCAGUGGUAUCACAUCCUGUGAGUUCUCCCAUGAAUUCUUCUACGUUACCAUCUCAGAGUCCUCCUCCAUAUCAAAGUCCUAAUGAAAAUGAAUCUUUUAGAGAAGAUCCAAUUAAUGAUAGUCCCCCUAUGUACACUGAUGUAGUGAAGUUACCUUCAUAUAAUGAGUCUGAAAAUACUUCCAAUGGAGAAACUCAUGAAAAUCCUUCUGUCUUUCUUUACUGGUUGAGAAACAGUAGCGAUGAUGAUGAUGUAGUUGUUGGAAGUGAUCUUGGAUUUGUACUAUGUUUUUUACUUGCCUUUGUUUUCAACUGGAUUGGAUUUUUGGCUGGGUAUUGUUUUUCCAACUCUUUGUCUGCACAGUAUGGUGCUGUUUCUGGCUUUGGUUUGUCACUAGUCAAAUGGGCAUUUAUUGUCAAGCAUACAGAAUGGUCUAAAGAAUAUUUUGACGAUAGCCCUUGGCUUAUGUAUCUUUUUGUUUUAUGUGGCUGGUUGAUCUUUUUACGUGGAAUGUUUUCGUAUGCACAAUUGAAACGCCACGUUUACUCUCGAUUAGACGAUUCUGAGAACCCGCGUCGUCGUUUAUUUCAUUAAGUAAAGUGUAUUUUUUUUCUAUAACUUUAGGAAAAAACAAGUAUAUUAAUAAACUGUAGUAUAAAAAAUGUAAAUUAGAAUUUUUGAUUUUGUAAAUACUUUAUUUUUAGAUGUUUAUGUACAUCAUCUUAUUCUCUUGAUUAGGUACCUUCAGCUCUGUGGAUUUUUUUUUCUUAUGCUUUUUUUUUAAUUAUUUUUAAGCAACUUUAUUUUAAAUAACUAUAGGCGAUGACGUAAUUUUUUUUGCUAAUUAUUCUUUUGUCUAUAAUAUUUUUUGCCAAACCUUGACAAUAAGUGUUUAUAAAUAAAGUAUUUUAAAUCGGCUUAUAAAAUAGAAUUGUUGGAUAUUA